AUGGAGAGUGUUCACGGCGUCGAUGUGAGUUGGAUGAGCAAACAUACGAACAGUAACAGUAAUGCGAAAGUAGAUCACAAUUCAAGACCACAAGCAACUCGAAGUAGCACAACUCCUCCGUCUGAAAAGAGUCAUUCGAUAGCACACAAUGGCAAUAGCCAUCCUCCGAACGAGCAUGAGCCCACACCUCCGAAAGCGAUACCUGCCCGACCCAACUAUUCGCGAAGUGCCUCCUCUGAAAAGACAGUCACACUGAAUGGGAGUAUGCAGAAACCCGGCUCGGUGUCCCCAAAUACAUCCAGACGGAAUUCCUGGUUGUCCAGUAUCUCCUCGAAGUUCUCUUCUUCACCAGGAGCACAUAAUGCACAUGUAACACCCAGCAAUGCGGUACCAUCCACCACACCCUCCACCGAUCCGCCAGUACCCAUUGGUCCAAGUUCUCCCAAGAACGCAAUCCUACCACAUGCUGCGAAGGUUACUGGAGAUGCACCAUAUACGCCGGCUCCUCCAAAGUCUACACAACCUAGCUUCUUACAAAGUGCGCUGCGAAGAUUAUCGAGCUCUGGAGGACAAUUGGCCGCCCCAGCCCGAGGUGUGCAUCAUGGAAUAUGUGAACGAAAGGUGCUGAAUGUGGAUCAUAAUCGGGAACGUUGUCGGAUAACCGACCUUGACCAGUCGAAAUUAAGAAGGGUGGCAUUCUGUGUGGACGUAGAGAUAGCAAGUGGUCCACGGUAUUACGAUGACGAUGUCGAGGAUGAGAAGCGAAAAGAGAAAAGAGAGAAGAAGAGGAUGGAGAAGGGUGAGGGGCUAGCCUUGAAGCAACCUGAGGCCAUCAAGGAAGAAAAGGAAACCGAUGGUGUUGUUAAAGCCACUGGGGAGAAACUACCGUCACCUGGCAAGGAGGUCAUUGAAACAACACAAGAAGUUCCAGACGAUCCUCCUGGAGAAAAGGAUAAUACCAAAAAGAAAGAGAAAAAGAAGCGUAGUGAAGAGGAGAGAAAGGCCAGAAAGGAGAAGAAGAGGAAACUAGCAGAGGCCAACGGCACUCUUCCUGUUGAGCUAGUCAGAAAUCCAAGUGACAGCUCCAUGAGCAAUACACCCACUGGAACGGGGACUCCGAAGACUCAGGCUUCACCUACCACAGAUCCCGUUCGAAUAUAUCGUCGAUGCUGCCAAUUACGGGAAACACCGAUCCUGAAGAAAAUCACCGAACAGCUGACCGCCUUAGCAACUAGAACAUCAACCUCUGGAUUGGUAUGCAAGUUGGAUUUGACUGGGUACUGGCUCCAGCUCCCUGAUCUGGUGACCCUUGGGGACUACUUGGCUGUAGUACCGGUAAAGGAACUAGUCAUGGAAAACUGUGGUCUUACUGAUGAAGGUGUCCGUGUCAUCCUGGCAGGAUUAUUGGCUGCAAAGUGUUCUGACUGGGAGAGACGGAAAGGCCACAAAGGAAAAUGGGGAGAAGUACCUCAAGGAGGUGUUGUGGAACGUGUAGUUUUCAAGAACAACACUAAGAUUGGUCGAGAUGGCUGGCGGUACAUAUCGACAUUUCUCACUAUGUGCCGGUCUCUCAAAUCGAUUGACCUAUCCAAAGUCCCAUUUCCUCAGCCCAUAGCUCCUCCACCGUCUCCACCUUCUCAUGGACCUGGUCAUCUCACCCUCACCCGGACAAGUACGACGAAUUCCACUGCAGAUACGGCCUGCGUCCUCGGAAGGGCCAUUGGUGAGCGAUUGGGUGGGAGAGAAUUUGAGUUGCUGAACAUGGCGGAAUGUAGUUUAACAACUGAACAAUUGGGCAAUCUGAUCGAUGGAGUAAUCAAAUCCGGUCUACGACGUCUCGGUAUCGCCGGUAACGACAUCACUCCUGAAGGAAUGCAGCACGUCUCUCGCUUCGUCCGCGAUGGAAAGUGCGAAGGUUUGGAUCUGGGCGGAAAUGAUCUCAAGGAUCAGCUUGGGGUAAUAGCCGAUGCGUUGGACGGGGAUAACCAACUCUACGCAUUGAGUCUAGCAAACUGCAACCUUACCCCAGACUCUCUGUGGACCCUUUUCCCGGCAUUGGCGAAGCUGAAGAAUUUCCGAUUCAUUGAUCUCUCUCAGAACCAUGGCUUGUUCGAUUCGGAGCCUAGUGCCCUCUCCUUACUCAGAAGAUAUCUACCCAAAAUGCCAACACUGAAGCGAAUACAUCUGACAGAUGUCUCAAUGACUUCCGAACAGGCUAUUGCUCUCGCAGAGAUCCUUCCGGAAUCCCCGAAUCUCGCUCAUGUGAACAUUAUGGAAAAUCCUGGUCUGGCAGCCCUUGCAGAUGCGAAGGACGAAGCCAACCAAGAAGAAGCUUGCGCAUUAUACGCAUCCCUCAUGGCGGCCGUCCGUGUUUCCAAAACCAUCAUCUGCAUAGACAUUGAAGUGCCGUCACCAGAGUCGAGUGAGAUUGUGAAAGCCCUUGCUAAGCAAGUCGUUGCUUACUGCUUAUGGAAUAUGGAGCGCGGCCCGGUAGCUGAGAUCAGCGAAGCCGCAGCAGCCAUCUCAGAUCCUCACGGAGGUGAGAAAGAAGUCGCUGUUCCUGACGUGCUAUUGCAUCUUGUUGGUCAUGUUGAGGGUUUCCACGAGAAUCACGAUGAUGACGAGCCAGCACCUGACGAUGACUACGUAAUUGGUGGAACGGGAGUUGUCAAGGCAUUGGGCAUAUGCUUAAGAAAUAGAGGCAAUGAUUCCAGGAGACCGUCUGCAGAUCGGACAUUCUCUGGUAUGUCUCAAGGAGGUAGUGGUUCGGCGACACCGAGUACCCCUGUCAGUGGUGGCAAGGCCAAGGACAUGUCAAAGAAUCUUCUCGGAAGUGCUCGCAAGAUACGAGCGCGAUUACAACCUGCCUUGGUGAAGGAAGCGCGGGCUGCAGAUCGAAACAAUUAUCUCCGACUACUGUUCCUUGACCAGACACUUGAGGGCAUGAUCAAACGAUUCGAGGAUGAAUAUCCAGAGACCCGUCUACCCACGGCUGUUACCUCACCGCCUUUGCCUGACAUGAGUCUAGCCAGCCCAUCAGACAGCAUCGACUUGAGCAUGGGAGCAGACGGACAAGGAUCUAUAUCCGAUACCGAGCCUGCUCUUGUUGAGGCACCACUCUCUGAUGACGAAGAUCAUAUUCGUCCCAUGCUCUCGAGACACAAUUCGGACGUCUCACUUGCCUCACGCGCGCUUUCUCAGGAGGAGGGCCGCAUGCAUCGAUUCGGACAACAGUUCCGUAGGGAUAUCCUGAAGCCUGAACAAGAAGAUCAUGAGCAUGGCACGACUGGACGAGAAGAAACGCCCCGCCAUCUCCAACUAUUGAGAGCCAUGGUAGAAGGUCUAGGCGGUGAAGAAAUCAAGGAUAGAGUCAAUAGUGGUGGGUCAGAUGCUGUUCUCGAGGAGCUGAAUAAUGAGGCAAGCUUGUUAAGGAGGCAAUUGAUGGAACAAGAUCCCGAAGGGUGGGAGAAGUUUCGGGAGAGUCAGGAAGCGGCGCAAAGGAAUAUGAGGUUAGCGGGGAUGGAGCGAAAUGUCAGUGCUAUCGAGUGA